UAACAGGACAGACUAAAUGUGUUGGCGGGAGAAACGGAACCUUUCUUGGCAAUAAACUCGAUGGGCGUUGGGACCUGUGUGUGUCACAGUCACACAGAUAAGGUUUGGUCAUACUAUUCGUUGUAAAGAUGAACCAUGUUAUAUCAACAUAGUGACAUUCAAUUGGUACUUUCUGUCAAUGAUGUUGCAGUCUGAAUUUAUUCGAUUUUUAACCGAGGCAGAUGCUGACAUGCAGGCGUUCCCAGUAUUGCCAGUUAAAGAAAUUACGGCAGAACUCAAUACAGCAACAGGGAAUCAUCAUGACGCCAAGGAUAAUAUUAGAUCACCAUUUACUUUCACUUCACAGCGAUUCCGGUUAAACAAAGAAGAUGAAUUGUUUGAAGAUGGGGAUAUCCAAAGACAUCUGUACCUGCAAGAUGCCAUAACAAGCGUUGCAGAUGAUACUGAGAAACCAAAGGUCUCUGAGUUCAGAUGCCAUAUAGCAGGCUGUAGCCAGCUCUUUGACACACUGGAAGGGUAUGAGCAUCAUUACAAUACAUUUCACCGCAACGUCUGCUCCUACUGCAAGCGCUCCUUCCCCUCUGGCCAUCUUCUGGACAUUCAUAUACUGGAGUGGCAUGAUUCCCUGUUCCAGAUCCUGGCAGAGAAGCAGAACAUGUAUCAGUGCUUGGUAGAAGGCUGUUCUGUGAAAUUUAAGACCAGUAUUGACCGAAAAGAUCAUUUAAUAAAAAUUCACAGUUAUCCUCCAGAUUUUAGAUUUGACAAGCCCAAGAAAAGCAAAAGCCAAGAUAAGACUCCACAUAGAAGAGAUGUGACAAUGGUCCAACCAUGUCCUGAUGAUACAGGACGUAUGGAGUCCAUGGAGGUCUGUCCACCUGAAAAAGCAGAGCCGGCAAUGAGUGAAUACAGCUCUGGUCAUGUAGAGCAGAUGAAACCACGCUAUUCAUACAAGGUACCAGCCACAAUUUGUUUUGGUCAAGGCUCAGUACGAGGAUUCAGGGGCAUGAAGAAAAAGAAAUGAUUUCUACUGAAGAAAAUUAAAAGAAUGAGGAGGCUCUGUGCCCUAUAGUUCUCCUUAAAAUGAUACAAUAACUUGGGAUGUAAGAAGUCAUAGUGGAUCGUUGGAGCUCUAAUAAUAAUUUCCCAUUACUGCAACUGUCUUGGCAAAUUUCAUUGACUUGUUCAAGUAAAACCAACAUUAUCCAAAUGUUCAAUGUCUAUCAUCUCGUCAACGAUAUUGCAUUUUUAGAUUACAAAGUAUAGCAUUAUAAAAGAACAAGUAGAGACUGGUAAAGAGUUGGUGUCCUGUGGUGUGUGUUCAUCAGGUCUUAUAUUCUCCUUGCUGAUUGAACUCACAGAACACAGCAAGAGCUAUAGCUACACACUACCAGCUACAGAGUGAACUGCGGCAUGCCAAUCACUCCACAGUGUGAGAGUUUAGGGAUCAGGUUACAAUGCCAUCUAUCAUAUCCCAGUCACUCCCCAGUAUGUAGUCUACAGAACCCUCACAACAAUCUUAAAUGUGAGAUGUGCCCCAUAGCAAGAGAUCACAUUGUAUUACUAUCCAGCGAGUCAAGAGAGUUACAUUACAUCAUUUAUCAGCAAUGGUGGGCAAUCCAUGAAAUGUAUUAACAAAAAUGCCAACAUUGUUCACCCUUCCUGUAUGUUUUUCACUAUUUCUAUUUUUUUUUUUUUAAUCCUGGUGCUCUUCUACUAAAUACAUGUCAAAAUAUGUAUAUGUAUUAAAAAAAGCGUAAAAUUAGGACAUGAAAUUAAAAACGAAAAUAAAAAUGAA